UCAGCCAAUAGAAAAUUAGCUCUUUAAUAAGUGCCAAAAUGGCGCUACGUAGGAUCUAGAACUAGGUUGUCCGAAUCUCCUCUCCCCUCCUCUAGCUCGAUUUCUCCCCCCUCAAAGCUGACCUCCACCGGCCCCGCCGCCUCAGAGUGAAAUCAUGAAGGUGGUGAACCUGAAGCAAGCCAUUUUGCAAGCUUGGAAGGAGCGAUGGAGUGACUACCAGUGGUCAAUCAACAUGAAGAAAUUCUUUCCCAAAGGAGCCACCUGGGACAUUCUCAACCUAGCAGAAGCACUACUGGAGCAGGCCAUGAUUGGACCGUCCCCCAAUCCUCUCAUCCUGUCCUACCUGAAGUAUGCCAUUAGUUCCCAGAUGGUGUCCUACUCCUCCGUCCUCACAGCUAUCAGUAAGUUUGAUGACUUCUCCCGGGAUCUGUGUGUCCAGGCUUUGCUGGACAUCAUGGACAUGUUUUGUGACCGGCUGAGCUGUCAUGGCAAAGCGGAGGAGUGCAUCGGGCUGUGCCGGGCCCUUCUCAGCGCCCUCCACUGGCUGCUGCGCUGCACCGCAGCCUCUGCAGAGCGGCUCCGGGAGGGGCUGGAGGCUGGCACUCCAGCCGCUGGCGAGAAGCAGCUUGCCAUGUGCCUGCAGCGCCUGGAGAAGACCCUCAGCAGCACCAAGAACCGGGCCCUGCUCCACAUCGCCAAACUAGAGGAGGCCUCAUUGCAUACAUCCCAGGGACUUGGGCAGGGUGGCACCCGAGCCAAUCAACCAACAGCCUCCUGGACUGCCAUCGAGCAUUCCCUCCUGAAGCUUGGGGAUAUCCUGGCCAACCUCAGCAACCCUCAGCUCCGCAGCCAGGCCGAGCAGUGUGGCACGCUCAUCAGGAGCAUCCCCACCAUGCUGUCCGUGCACUCUGAGCAGCUGCACAAGACUGGCUUCCCCACAGUCCACGCGUUGGUCUUACUCGAGGGCACCAUGAACCUGACAGGCGAGACCCAGCCGCUGGUGGAACAGCUGAUGAUGGUGAAACGCAUGCAGCAUAUCCCCACCCCACUUUUUGUCCUGGAGAUCUGGAAAGCUUGCUUCGUGGGCCUCAUCGAGUCUCCUGAGGGCACUGGGGAGCUCAAGUGGACAGCUUUCACCUUCCUCAAGAUUCCACAGGUUUUGGUGAAGUUGAAGAAAUACUCCCAUGGGGACAAGGACUUUACCGAGGACGUCAAUUCCGCUUUUGAGUUCCUGCUGAAGCUCACGCCCUUGCUGGACAAAGCUGACCAGCGCUGCAACUGUGACUGUACAAAUUUCCUGCUCCAAGAAUGUAGCAAGCAGGGGCUUCUGUCUGAAGCUAGCAUGAACAACCUCAUGGCCAAGCGCAAAGCAGACCGGGAGCACGCACCCCAGCUGAAAUCCGAUGAAAACGCCAACAUCCAGCCCAACCCCGGGCUCAUCCUCCGUGCGGAGCCCACCGUCACCAACAUCCUUAAAACCAUGGAUGCAGACCACUCCAAGUCCCCAGAGGGGCUGCUGGGGGUCCUGGGCCACAUGCUGUCCGGGAAGAGCCUCGACUUGCUGCUGGCCGCUGCCGCCGCCACUGGGAAGCUUAAGUCCUUCGCCCGGAAAUUCAUCAAUUUGAAUGAAUUCACGACACACGGCAGCGAAGAAAGCACCAAAGCGGCCUCGGUUCGAGCCCUGCUCUUUGACAUCUCCUUCCUCAUGCUGUGCCACGUGGCCCAGACCUAUGGCUCGGAGGUGAUCCUGUCCGACUCGAGCACAGGAGCAGAGGUGUUCUUCUUUGAGACCUGGAUGCAGACGUGCAUGCCUGAGGAAGGCAAAAUCCUGAACCCUGACCACCCCUGCUUCCGGCCCGACUCCACCAAAGUGGAGUCCCUGGUGGCUCUGCUCAACAACUUCUCCGAGAUGAAGCUGGUGCAGAUGAAGUGGAACGAAGCCUGUCUCAGCAUUUCGGCGGCCAUCCUGGAAAUCCUCAACGCCUGGGAGAACGGGGUCCUGGCCUUCGAGUCCAUCCAGAAAAUCACAGAUAACAUCAAGGGGAAAGUGUGCAGUCUGGCCGUGUGUGCUGUGGCUUGGCUCGUGGCCCACGUGCGGAUGCUGGGCCUGGACGAGCGUGAGAAGUCUCUGCAGAUGAUCCGCCAGCUGGCAGGGCCGCUGAACAGCGAGAACACCCUGCAGUUCUACAACGAGCGGGUGGUGAUCAUGAGCUCCAUCCUGGAGCACAUGUGUGCGGACGUGCUGCAGCAGACCGCCACGCAGAUCAAGUUCCCGGCCAUGGGCAUGGACAGCAUGCCCUACUGGAACCUGCUGCCCCCCAAGCGACUCAAGGAGGUGCUGACGGACGUGUUUGCCAAGGUGCUGGAGAGGGGCUGGGUGGACAGCCGCUCCAUCCACGUCUUUGACACCCUGCUGCACAUGGGAGGCGUCUACUGGUUCUGCAACAACCUGAUUAAGGAGCUGUUGAAGGAGACGCGGAAGGAGCACACGCUGCGGGCGGUGGAGCUGCUCUACUCCAUCUUCUGUCUGGACAUGCAGCAGGUGACCCUGGUCCUGCUGGGCCACAUCCUGCCUGGCCUGCUCACCGACUCCUCCAAGUGGCACAGCCUCAUGGACCCCCCUGGCACCGCACUCGCCAAGCUGGCUGUCUGGUGUGCCCUGAGUUCCUACUCCUCCCACAAGGGGCAGGCGUCCUCCCGCCAAAAGAAGAGGCACCGGGAAGACAUCGAGGAUUACAUCAGCCUCUUCCCCCUGGACGACAUGCAGCCCUCGAAGCUGAUGCGACUGCUGAGCUCCAAUGAGGAUGAUGCCAACAUCCUUUCGAGUCCCACCGACCGCUCCAUGAGCAGCUCCCUGUCGGCCUCCCAGCUCCACACAGUUAACAUGAGGGACCCGCUGAACCGAGUCCUGGCCAACCUGUUCCUGCUCAUCUCCUCCAUCCUGGGCUCGCGGACCGCCGGCCCCCACACGCAGUUCGUGCAGUGGUUCAUGGAGGAGUGUGUGGACUGCCUGGAGCAGGGCAGCCGCGGCAGCAUCCUGCAGUUCAUGCCCUUCACCACCGUGUCGGAGCUGGUGAAGGUGUCGGCCAUGUCCAGCCCCAGGGUGGUUCUGGCCAUCACGGACCUCAGCCUGCCCCUGGGCCGCCAGGUGGCUGCCAAAGCCAUUGCCGCCCUCUGAGGGGCUUAGAGUGGCCGCAGGGGGCUGGUGGCGAGGGUCCCAGCCCCUUCCCUCGGGCGCCUUAGAAGGAAACGUGUGGAGAGAUGAGCCAUCAUUGCUCAUAUCCACAUGACGUAAUAGCCCGCAGUCAGUUUCCAGAUCUUUCCCCUGCUCCUGACUUCUGACCUCUAAGACAGCUCCCAGUUUCUUUCAUAAUUUCCUCUCCCCACUGUGAGCAGCAUGUGAGCAGCUGGUUCCUCAGCUCAGAGCAGCCUCGCUGUGCCCACUGCCCCCCGCAGCCUCCCACGCAGGAGUAGGUUCGCUACCUCUGGGGAGUUUGAUAGCUGCAGGCUGUGUGUGUAUAUAUGUGUUUUUUUCUUUUUUUACGUGAGGAGUGUUCACCUCAGCUCACUUUGUAAAUAAAGAUCCUCAUCGGUCCCUC